GCGGUUUUUCUUCAAUUAACUCAUAAAUCCCAACCUUCUAAGUAACCCCUAUUGGUGUUAUCGAGCACUUGAAUGGAACCUACAUUACUUGACUUUGAUUCAGUUCAACAUCCUCUACUUUUUAAUACGUUCAAUGGUUCGGCAUUUCCUACUGUCUUUUAUCCGAUAUUUUUUAUGUACCGACGUUUACGUUCAACCAAGGGCAUCAAACUUAUUCAUCAAAGACUACUUUGAGUACUCUUCGAGCACUCUGUAACGGGCUGACAUCAAACCCCCACCCCCACAAAGAUGUUCUUGGAGUUCUCAUGUAAAGAGGCAAGAGCGAUGUAGUUUGGAGGCUUCUCGAGGACAACGGACUUAAUAUAGUCCGGGGUGCUUCAAUUUUUUUUUUUCUUUUUUUUUUUUUGCAUUCCUUAUGAUUGAAUUCGUAACCU